UCUGAUCUUAUAUACUGUCUAUGGUGAGAUGAGAUAGUCAGAUAAAUGAAAGGAAAUCAGAGUGUAGAUGGAGUCUGUUUUCUUGAGGUUUGAGUCUUAUGACUUCGAGGCUGAUCUGCGGUUUCAGGACGGUCUGAAGGAUUUAAACAAGUGCAACAAUAGCAGGGAGGAAACCAAACUGCUGGACCUGAAACUCUUCUUUUAUAACAGGUUUGUGGAGCCCAUAGACCGGAGCAGCUACCAGCAGUGGAGCUCUGCUUCUCCUCGUGCGACUCCGAUGGACUGUGGUGUUGAGCAGCAGGACCAGAGGACACUUUCAGACUCGGGAAUCAGUCCAAACCAGACUGCGGAGACAGAAGCCAAGCAGCUUUCCUUUGCGGAUGUGAUGCGACUUAUUCAGGAGGGGAAGGAAGUGCCCGGAGCAACAAAACUGGACAUAAAAGCAACCAACCGGAGUCCCACUCCUUCUCAAAUGCAAAGGAGACUGAAACCCUGGGAAAUAUCAUCAGUGUCCAAGUGAC